CGAUCACGUCGCGUGAACGGGUGUCCCUCCUCACACACACAGACUAACUGCUAAUGCACCCAGGAGCCAUUCCCCGACACUCCACUGUGCCUUAACCGUUAUGUGGACAAGUUAAUUGACAAGGUUGAUUGGCUUUGGUUACAGGUUGUAGUGCGAGGACUAGGAUUCAAGCUGUUUGUUUCGUUUCUUUUUACGUUGUCUAUGUCUAGAUAUACAUGCAGAUUCUAGUUUUUUAUUCGGUUCGUUUCAUUUUGAUGGUGACAAACGACGAAUGGGAAAGAAACGGGACAACUUGAUCUGAAACAAAGUGACGGACACGAGGAUUGGUUGAUGUUUGGAUUAGUGUAGAUUAGCAUUUGAUUGAAAGAAAUGGAGGAAGAGAUUACGGCGGCAGUACAACAGAAAGACAAACUAAACGGAGAACGAACCAAAGUCUUUGAUUUUGAGGGGAAGCAAUCUAACUUGGACAAACUCGUGGCUCUUAUUCAGAAGGAGCCUCACUUAAGGACAGACUUUGAGUGUCACGAGUGCUCCCCCUUUCUUAAAAAGCACAUUCAGUGGUUUAACUCCCUGAAACUAAGUCAGAUCCAAGACAUUAUCAAAAGAUGUAAAUUUUUACGUGUAAAUCCUGAUGAAAUAUUUAUUAAGCAAGGAGACAUUGGAGAUAGUAUGUAUGCGAUCCUGAGAGGCACCGCGGCAGUGCACGUGAUGCUGGACUGUGAGAACGAAAAAGAAUGUCUGAACAGAGUGGAGCUAGCACUGGCCAAGAAGAAACUCAGCAGGAAUGAUUUUGGCACUGAAGUGGCACAAACAUUGACAGGAAGCUGCAUAGGAGAAGUGGCCAUGGUGGGUUCCAACAACAUCCGAACGGCCAGCUGCUUCGCACUCAACACUUGUGACUUUAUGGUCAUCGACCGGUCACUGUACAGCGUGUCGGUCAAAGAGGUGAUUGAGCAGGAGUUCCACGACAAGACGACCUUCGUGGAGAGAAAUCCACUUUUCAAAGCCUGGACACCACGUCAGAGAAAUCAGCUGGUCAUCAGUAUGAAAAAGUUGAAGAUAGGCUACGGUGAAAAACUGGCCAGACAAGGUCAAGAUGUGGACAAUGUCUAUUUUAUAUAUAAAGGUGACAUAGAGAUUCAAAUAGACAGUCGGCUGUAUGAGAAACAGUACCCACAGCUUCACUCAGAGAUGAAGAGACUGUUGCCAGAACUAACAAAAGACACCAAGUCACUGCCUCUAGCUCCACAUUUGUUGAGGAAAGAAAGAAUGACCAGCCACAGGCCUCAGAAAAUUUGUUUACUGGGAGAAAAUGAAACCAUUGGUUCCCUGGAAAUCAUCUUAGGCUUGGACACCUACAUGGAGAAUGCCACAGCCCCAGGUCAUUGUGAACUUCUGGUACUAAAGCGCGGUCAAUUCGAGAAGACCUUCAAGAGGAAGUACGCCCUUGCCACGCUUGACCAGGUGAAAGAAUCCCUGGCCAACAAACUGUGCCUGUACAUCUACCAGUCAGACCCAAACAAAGUAGCAUUUCUGAAGUUUCUGAACAUCAAGCUGAUGGACUCGAAUAUACUGUUAGAGGUGAAGCGAAGUAAACACGCCAAGGCAAGGCGCAACACUAACAUCGGGGGUGAAAGAGUUAACAGGAGCGUGGAGCAACAAGAUAUAAAGAACGUGAUGAAGAGGCUUCACAUGAGCACAAACAGAGCUGCUGAGCUGCCCCCUGAAGACAUGUCUGAAAUAGCGCUGGCUAAGAUGGACCGCAGAUUGAGAUUAUGGAGUGAACAUACAAACAUGAACGGAAGUAAACUCUCACGUCUGCAGAGUGCAACGAUAACAUUGUCUGACAACAGCCGCGUGGCAUGACAGUAGCUGUGACUUUCAUCUAGAUCUACAUUUAAUUGACAUCCCUUGGUUUAUCUCACACAUCCAGCAGUGAAGCAACCAUUGUGGGGGGAAAUUUCAUUUCAGCUUCUUAACUUUGUUGCACCAAAGAACAGCUACUCUCUUACUAAAUCCGAAAUGAUUUCUUAAGUUAAUUCCCUUGAAACCAGUGCGCUAUUGAAAUAUUUAGUCGCUUCAAGAAUUUUACAAGCGAACACUGGCUGAAUCAAGAUUUUCUCUUAAUUCUAAAAGGAAAACAAGUUUUAAAACUUCAUUUGGCGAACUGUAUGUGCAAUGUACAUAAUUGUUUGUCUUAUAAACUUACGUUUAUCUGUAAAUACUUAUACAGUGUAUAUUCUGUCUGUAUUAACAUUGAAUGCGUUAUACAAUAAAUAUUUGGUGAAUGUUUGA